AUGGAAGAUGGGAGUGAUGAAGCGCAGCAGCGGCUGACUUGGCUGGAAGAACAGACUAUCAACAAGUUGCAGAAGCAUUUUAAAGUUAGAAAGAACAAUGAAAUUCUCGCAAGCUAUUCGGAGGAGAUGUCGGAGCUCAAGUGCUGUCCAUUGCUUGCUGUGCAGUAUAUACAGUUAUGCAAAGUGGACGAUGCUAGAUUCCAUUCUAUCUUCCAAGACGUGAAUGGAAACUACGACCACUUUACCAAAUGUGCCCUUGAGGUCGAGAACCGGAUGAAUUACUACAAAACGGCGAGUGAGGAUACUGCAGCGUUUCCGCUUGUCCACAAGCGUUAUUUUAAACGCUCGAAAGAUCGCGAGAUCAAAGACCAGGAGUUUCUAGGGAUCAAUGUGCACAUACAGAAGUUCACGCUGGAGAACAGAGUUUGGCUUACUACAUCUUGUGGCGCCGCUGCCGCUCAUACAAAAGGCUUCCGCGACAAUGGUCUCUGGAAUAUUAUGUCUGUUGCGAAGCUUGACACGGAAGAGGAAUUCGGCAGCAAAAUGUUCAGUCUCACCUAUGAGCGCCACUGCAAAGCUAGAACUGCGAUUGUGAACCUAAAAGAAUCGUGGGGCGACGUCACAAGCGGCCUCCAGCAGAUGCGCUCAGGCGAGGGAUGUUUAGACGUGUUCAUUUCUCAGUGCCAGGUUCUUCUUCACAACGUCCGCCAGUCUAUCAUCAGCGAAAGCGACGGUGGUCUUGUAGACGAGGUGAAAGAAAGCGCGAUGAAAUGCGUAAGUCACUUGCGCAACGCUCGCCAAGCGCCUGACGAGAGUGUCUUUCUGACGGAGGCAAAAACGAACCUUUUCUCCACCUACUCCAAGUGCCUUGAAUUUCUCGUCUUUCGCGCAUUCUCAGUUCUCAUCACAGACUCGGAUCAACAGCGCUUAGACAAUGUCUGUUCGCAGAUACUGACGAUCGCGACAGCUUCUGUUAUGACAGGCAAGGCAUUCGUGCUUACAUAUCUGACCCUUAUUAGUGGUGGCAUCCCGAAACCUCCAGGAACUCAAGGAACUGCAGAAGACAGUGCCGACAUCGUCGAGUUUCGCAUAGAAGGAGACCGCCAGAGCCCACGAGUCUAUGUCCCUGUCUCCCAAGAGAUUCUCCAAGGGUCAAACAACGUUGUCUUCAAAUGUGUGCCGAUUAUGUUCAACAUCGGUAUCAAUGAAAGACAGGAGCUCCAGGACAUUCGCAACAAGCCUUCUCCCCUGAUAAAUGCCAUCAAUAGUUUUAGUUUGAAUAGACUUUAUCAUUGGAUUGAGCUUCAUUGCGAGGAGCAAGCAAAUGUGCUUCUCAACGGUCCAUUUCAGCAACUUGCCGAAGAGAUCCGACUCUACGAGACGAUGAAAAAGAAGAAAAACGUAGAGAUACAUCGCAUUGCUGCCGAAAUUACCCGCUCGCUCAAGGGAGGCCGUAUUAUCAACUGCAAGUCUGGAAAGGACCGCACUGGAAUGGCGGUCACUCUCGAGCAAGCGAGGAUAAUUCGGAGCGAGAUCAGCAUUGAUGACGCUCUCUACAAACAUUCGCUCAACGAAAUGAGGUUCCACGGACUGCGUCGGGACAACUGCAAAAAAAACCAAGACAAAUACCUGUACGCCUUUCAAAAAGUCCAGCUUCUAACAUUUCCAAACGAAUAUGUCCCCCCUAAGGGCUCAUACGGGCAUGCCGAAACAUGA